AGCAGCUUGGACUGCGGAGCUUCUUCAAUCCUUUUAUCUCAGAUUCUGUGAGCAGGAAUGGUGCUCGCGUUUACGCAGCUGCUUGUAGCAACAUUCGUUGUUGUUCGCUGUACAGGGUCUGAUGCAUCCGUUGUGCCGCGUUGUCAUUGUCCGCCUCCACCACUGCAUCACAGUGUCAAAGUUCAGCCUGACCCCGAGAAUCUGACAUAUAAGCCUGACGAAACGUUCGGAUUGUAUUGUUCGAGCUCGAGGGAAUUAGUGCCGGCCACACUGCGGGACACAUCUGUCAGAUGUCUAGAGGAUUGCAAGUGGAGUGUAGACGUCAGCGAAGUGCGAUGCAUUGAGCGGCAAUGUCCUCCAGUGAACGAGUCCGACUUACCACCCAACGUCACCCUUCAUUACAUGUACGUCAACCAGAGCCGAAAAGAGAUUGAGAUUGAGUGUGGCGUUCUUGCCAUUUUCGAAUGCCACAAGGGAAUGGAGCGACGCAGCGGUCCGCGUUUCUGGCAGUGUGACUGUGACGGUAACUGGAACCAGCAAGAGUUCCCCACAUGCAAAGGGUCUGAUGCAUCCGUUGUGCCACGUUGUCAUUGUCCAUCUCCACCACUGCAUCACAGUGUCGAAGUUCACCCUCACCCCGAGAAUCUGAGCUACAAGCCCGACGACACACUUCGAUUGUAUUGUUCGAGCUCGAGAGAGUUAGCGCCAGCAACAGUGCGCGGCACAUCUGUCAGAUGUCGAGAGGAUUGCAAGUGGAGUGUAGACAUCAGCGAAGUGCGAUGCAUUGAGCGGCAAUGUCUUCCAGUGAACGAGUCCGACUUACCACCCAACGUCACCCUUCAUUACAAGUACGUCAACCUAAGCAUUGGGAUUGAGUGUGGCGCUCUUGCCGUUUUCGAAUGCCACAAGGGAAUGGAACGACGCAGUGGUCCGCGUUUCUGGCAGUGCGGCUGCGACGGUAACUGGAUCCCUCAAGAGUUCCCGACAUGCAACGCCUUGACGUGCGACGCAUUGACUUUUCCAGCCAAUGCAUAUUGUCACAGUACGAACGCGAUUAACGAUAUUGGGACGUCUGUCAAUUGCAGUUGCGGUCACGGCUUUCGACCCAAACAUGGCGGCGAUACCGGUACUUUUGUUUGCGAUAUCGUAGACGACGGCAGCAGUACCAGCUGGGUGGGCGACUUCGAAUGCGAGAGAGAACCGAGUCUUGGCUUCUGCGACGAGCCUGCUAUCCCGGCGUAUUCGAUGAGAAUUUUCUCUAAUUCUGAUUCUAACUACCCUAUUGGAACAGUGCUGAAGUACGUUUGCGCGAAUGGUAGAGUACUCGUCGGUCACAGAGUCAUCUUUUGCAAUACUUCCUCACAGUGGUCAUCUGAUCCCCCCACAUGUAAAGUUGCUUCGUGCCGGAAACCUGAAGUUGAAGACAAGUUGGUCAUAGUCCUAACUGAAAAUAAGCCCACCUACCUGUUUGGUUCAAAGGUGGCCUAUGCCUGUCCUCGUCACUAUCAUCUCGUUGGCUUGAUUGAGAGACGAUGCUUUGACCAAAAUCGAUGGAGCGGUACCCAACCACAGUGUAAAAAAAUUUGCAAUGAACCUGGAGUUCCAGUCAAUGGCAGUCGAAACAGUGAAGGCCCUUUCUAUGAGGGCGUUCAGGUUGUAUAUCAAUGUGCACAAGAAAGCCAUCUAGUUGGUGACAAGCAAAUAAGCUGUAAAGCAGACGGCACUUGGUCCGCAGUCAAACCAGUGUGUGUGAAAAACAAAGAAUCAUGUCCAGAUCUGGGAAUUCCAAUAAAUGCUACAAGAAAGAACAACGGACCUUUCUCUAUUGGGAGUCACAUCAACUACAAAUGUUCACCUGGCACACGUCUGGUCGGUUCCUCUCGAAUAACCUGUCAACACAAUGGUGCUUGGACGGAUGAGAUACCUUCGUGUCAGCCAGCUAUCGAAUGUGAACAUCCUCAUGUGAGGGAUCCUCUCGUCAUUCAAAUGACUGAAACAUUCUUCAGCUACGAAUAUCGUGAUGACAUCCAAUACACGUGCGCUCAAGGGUACAAACUAGUCGGCAGUAGACGAAGGAGAUGUCUGAAACGAGGGUGGAGUGGAACAGAGCCGAGCUGCAAGAAACGUUCAUAAAGACUGCUGACUCCUUAACAGCAGAGGACCGCUGGCUUAGACAAUUUAAGCAAACCUUUCCUUUACUAUUUUUUUAUGACUAAACACUUUUGUUUAUAAUCCGUUGGUAUUGAAUAGUUAUCCUAGCUAUCCGUAUUAUUACAGUCUAUUGUUAGGUAUUCACUACAGUUUAUGGAAGUAAACUAUAAAUGAC